AUGACUCUUUUAAUACCUUUAUUGAUAUUAAUUUUUGGUUUUUCUUGCUAAUAUAUAGUGGAUUUAAGUUAAGAUUAUUAAACAUAUACCUAAUAGUUAAACCUUUAAUUAGAAGACUUAGUCACUAAUAAAUUUUUUACAUAUGGGUUAUGGAAUAAAUAUUUACCUUUAGGAUAAAUAAGUUAAAUUGGAUAAAUGGGUGUAUUUGGUAGUAAUUGUUAUCAUUUACAUAAUGCAGCAGAUUCCUUAACUCUGAAAGUUGAUUUAAUAUACUUUGAUUGUCUUGAUGUUGAUUAAAUGAAAAUAACAAAAGUAAUUCAAUUUUUUGAUUACGAUGGAAUAUUUCAUAGCUAUGAUAUUACCUUAGAUUAAUGGGAAUAUGAAAGUCAUUGGUAUUUUAUUUAGAUUGUUUAAUGGCCAAUAUAAAAAAGAUUUGAAUUAAUGUUUAUACACUACCCUGAGGUAAUUUUUAAAAAAAUUUUAUAUAUUCAUUGUCCUUACAGGAGUUUCAAUCAGCAAUUAACUUUUGGAGGUGGAUUGCUUCUUAAUGAUGAUGAAUUCUUUUAGAAUAUUUAAGGUAGAAAAAAAUUAUCAUUCUUUCCAGGAAAAUUGUAUUAUGAUUUUUUAACUUUAUAAAUUGGUACUUUUGAUAGAAAUGGAUUAAAAAUCGCUAUAGACACUUUUGGAGAUCUUUAUAUUUGUAAUUGUUAAUCUAAUAUUAAUGUUUAAAUUGAAAAUUAGAUUCUGAAUUGGCUUGAUUAAAAAUAUUUUACAUCAGAAAAUGGAAAUUGUGAUUAAUUUGGAUUAUCAGGAUGGUUAAGAAUAAAAGAAAUAAAUAAAUUAAAUGAUAAUUUUGAUUAUAAAUUUAUGAAAAUGAAUAAAUUUAGUUAAAAUUAAAAAUUAAAUGAUGAUAAUUUAUCAGCAUUUUAAUUGAUAUAUAGAAUAUCAUAAUAAUAAUAUGAAAUAUUAAUAAUGAGUUAUAGUUAUAGAUUUCCUAUUGUAAAUAUAGAUUUUAAUAAUAAUCCAUUUUUAAUAAUUAAAUAAAUAGAAAUUAAUAAUAAUAUUUAUUUAUGGCAUUAUUUAUAAGUUACAUUAUAAUAAAAUGUAUUAUAAAUAAUAAUAACAUUUUAUUAAGAAUUAAAUAAAUAUUAAUAUUAAGAAUAAAUAAAUGUUUAUCAUUUUAAUGAAAUAUAAUUUUAAAUUCAUUAUGGUAAUAUAAAUUAAGAAUCUAAUAAUUAUUUAAAUAUUUAAAUACAAAAUUUCAAUUUUUAUAAUUGUGAUAUUUCAUAAAUAAAUAAAAAUUGUCAUUCAAGUUGUUAAUUAUGUGAUGGACCUACUAAUUCUGAUUGUUUAUCAUGUUAAGAUAAUUCAAAUAGAAUAUAUAUUCCAUCAUAAAAAGCAUGUAUUUGUUAAUAUAAUACUAUUGAUUAAGAUUUUUGUUAUUCAUAUUAACAUUUUUAAUUUUAAUUAAUUUAAUAUUAAACUAAUUAAUUAUAAUGUUAAUAUGGAUAUUUCUAUUUUAAUUCAUAAACUUGUAUUAAAUGGUAAUUAUAUAUUAUUUAUAUAUUUAUAGUCCUUCAAUUAUUUAAUCUAAUCUUAUAACAUGUUUAGAAUGUAUAGAAAAUCCUCUUUAUUGGUAAUAUAAUCCUUAUUGUUAAACAUUAAUAUAUAUUAUUCAUAAUAAUACCUAUAAUACUAUUAAAGAUCAAACAAUUUAAUAUUAUAUAAUAAUUGAUGAUUAACUUUAAUUGUGUUAAGAAUGUGAACAAAAAAAUUUUAAUAAUGAUUCUAUAAUAUAUCAAGAUUUCUAAAAUUCAUUUUCAAAUUAAAAAGAGCUAUGUUCAAUAAAUUAUUCAAUAAAUAAAUUUUACACAAAAUAAUAAUUUUGUCAUUCCUGUAAUCUUAAUAAUUGUAAUGUUUGUGUUGUAAAAAAUGAUGGAUAUAAAUGCCUUGUUUGCGAAAAUCGUAAAUCAAUGAAAGAUGGCUAUUGCAUAAGUUUAGGUGCUAUUAAUGGUUUUUUGAAUACAAAAGAUUGCAUCCCUCCUUAUUACAGAACAUCAAAUAAAUAAUGUAAGAUAUGUCCUAUAAAUCAGUGUAAAUUUUGUUUUGAAUAUAAAAAUAAUGAUUUGUCAAAAUGUACUCUGUAUAAAGAUUAUGAAGAAUUUAAUAUGGAUGAAUAUCAUUAAAUAGGAUGUGCAUUAUGUGAAGAUAAUUUUUUAUUUGAUUUUAAUAAAGGAAUUUGUUUACAUUAAAAACCUAAGAUCCAAUAUUGUUUAAGAUCUUUUAUAAAUUUAGAAGGAUUAGAAAUAUGCACAUUAUCCUAAAUUGAUGAUUUCAAUAUUGCACCUGAAAUUAUUAAUUGUCAAAAAUACAUAACAAAUUGUAUUCAAUGUUUUUUAUCACCAUAACAGAUUAUCAAGUGUGUUAUUUGUAAAGAUGGUUAUAAGAAUUCUGUUUAAACAGGUCAUUGCACUCCUAGUUUUAUUCCUAAUUGUAAGAUAUCUACUGAAGGAAUUAUAAAUGAAUAUGAUGCUUGGGUUCAAUUAAUACAAAGUUUUUUGAUUUAAUUUUUACCUAACUAAUACUAUUACUAUGUAUAAGAAAUAGCAGGAUUUAAUAUAGAAGUAACAAUUGAAUGUUUAGAGGGAUUCAAACCUAUCUCUAAUAUUUGUUUAAAAACUUGUGAUUCAAAUUGUCUAUAAUGUGAAAAAUCUUAAAGUGAAAUAUUAAGCUUUGAAUGUAAAAGAUGUCCUCUAAAUUACUAUAGAUUACCUAAUCGGUCAAAAAAUUAAGGUAAUUGUUUAAUUUGCCCAUAAUUAUGUUAGAUCUGUUAAUUAAGAUCUAAAGAAGAAAUAUAAGUAAUAAUAUUAAUUAGAUUUAGAUUAUUAAUCCUUUAUUCAUUAUAAAUGAAAAAAAUGUACAUUUUACUUACAAAUGUUUACAACCAGUAUUUGAUCCAUAUAUUAAAAUAAACCCAAUUUUGUAGAUUGCUAAAUAUUGUUUCAACAAUCAUUGUUAGAUUUAUUUUUAAUAUUAAUAUCAAAUAAAUUGUAAUAAUUAUUAGGAUAGUUUAAGAUACGAAACAUCAUAAUACUAUUAAUAAUACAUAAAUAAAACCUACCUUAAUUCUAUGGGAGUAGAGAUGAUAUAAAUUAUUUUUGAUUUUUCUCAGCUAAGUUCUGAUAUUACUUGUGUUUAUGAAGAUACUAUAUCAAUUGACACUAAUUUAAAGGAGGAGGUAUUUGCAUUAUAAAUAAUCAAAAUGUCAAUAAUAGGUCUAUAUUAACUUUAUUAAAGUUUUCAAUAAAAUCUAGAUGCAUAAAAUUUUGAUGUAGUUGAGAUCUCUUAGAUGUAUUUUUACAUAAAUUUACCAUUUUUUAUUAAUUUAAAUAGUAAAAUUAUUAAUUUAGUUAUAAAUGAAACUAUAUUUUAGGGUAAAGAACAAUCUAAUUAAUCAACAUUCCAAAUACAUGGAUAAAUUUAUUAGGAUUUCUUUUUAAAUAAUGUAACAUUUAAAGAUUUACGUAUAAGUGAAUCAACUGUGUUCAAUAUAAAAUAUAAUAAUAUUUUAGGAACAAUCUUUAUAGAUUACCUAUAAAUAAUAAAUUGUUCUUUUACUAAUUCAAAAUUAAUUUAACUUUCAGGUAAUCCAGAUAAAUUUAUUAUUAAUAAUUUAGAAAUUAUAAAUUGCUAGUUUUAUAAUACUACUACUUUUAAUUUUUUUGAUAUACAAUCUUAAUUAUUUUAUGUCUAAUUUAGAAAAUUAUCUGUAAUUAAUAGUACUCUUAAAAAAUCUAUUCUAAUAAAUAAUCCUCAUAAUUUUGAUUUAAGUAUUUAGGAUUUGAGUUUUAAAAAUAAUUAUCUUAUUUUCUCAUCUAUCAUAAUUACGAAUUUCAAAGUUUAUUGUAUAAAUUUAAAUAUAAGUAAUAAUAAUUUUCUAGAAUCCAUCUUUAUUAAAUCAGAAUAAGUAAAUCAAAAAAAUGAUAUCAAAAUAGAUUUUCAUAAUCUUAAUAUUAUUAACAAUUCUAUUAAUAAUUCUACUAUAAUAAAAAUAAGUUCAGAUUUAAUAUCAAAUGGUUUUAAAUUAACUUUAACUACUGUAAAUAUUAAAAAUAAUAAUAAUUAUUUAAAUUAUUAAUAAAAGUAUUAUUUAUUUGAUAUUCAUGCAUAAUUUUUAUUGGUAAAUGAAAUAAUUGUAUAAGAUUGCCCAAAUCAAAAUAUUUUUUAUAUUUUUCAAACUUAAGAAAUAAUUUUUCAAAAUAUUUUAUACACUAAUAACUAAUUACAACGUAAAGUACCUAUGAGUUUAUCAUGCUCUGAUGAAAUUAAUUAAAAUUAGCAAUUUUUGGAGUUAUAAGGUUUUCAAAAUUUAAAACUAUUUAAUAUUUCAAUUUUAAACCAUUUCAAUAUUGAUUAGAGUUUGAUUUCUAUUUUUUCAAAAAUCAUAUAUUAAUCUGAUCUUUUAGAAAUGAUAAAUAUACAAAAUUUAACAUUUUCCAAUAAUGUACUAUUGAAGAACAAAAUAGGCAAUUUAUUAUCAUUAAUAGUUAUUUAUUCUGAAAAAGAAUAAAUAAUUGAAAUUUCUAAUAUGAAAUUUAUAGAAAACAUAUUUAAUUAAUAUUCUGACGACUUGUCUAUAUCUUCCUCAAGCUUGUUUUAUAUAAAUUCUUAAUUAAGUAGAAUAGUACUGAUUAAUUGCUUAUGUUAUAAUAAUAUGCUAACAAAUUCAUCAAAUUCCUUCUCUUCAAUUUAAUCUUAUAAUACUAUUAUAUAAAAUUAUAUAGUUAAGAAUCACAAUAUUAUAAAUGAAGAGAUAUUAAAAAAAUAUUAUAAAAUAGAUUUUUUAUAAUCUUUAACCUAAGAAGAAGUAUUACUUGUAAUAAAGUCUUAUUUAAAGAUAUAAAAUAAAGGAGGGGUUAUGUAGAUUACUACUUCUAAUUUUUCAUUGAUGGAUUGCACAUUCGAAAAUAUUUUAGCUUAAAGUAGUGCUAUUUUUGAAAUAAUCACAAAAUUUCUAGGGAUAAUUAGUAUCUAAAGAGUAAGUUUAAAGAAUAUCUAAGUUGAUUUUACAUAAAAUUUAGACAUACAUGGUAGUAUCACUAUAUACUCUUAAAAUAGUUAAUUACAGCUAGAAUUAAAUAAUGUUAAUUUUAUUAAUGUUUAUAACAAAUUUGGUUCUUCUUGUUUAACUCUGUUUCCAUCAAUGAAAUAAAAUAACUUAUUAUUUUAUAAUAUUUAUCUAGAAAAUAGCCUCUCUUUAAUGAAUACAUUCACAAAACUUGAAUUUUAAUAAUAAAUUAUUAAUUCCAACACUAUUAUAAUUUAGAAUAUGACAAUUAUCUAAACAAUGGAAGCAUGGUUGAACUAUUUUUAAUUUGUUGGAACCUUAAGUUUAAUAGAAAUGCUUAAAACUCUUAAUGAUAAUGCUAUAAUCAAUGUAUUUGGUAGUUCUGUUAAAAUUAUAGGUUUAAAUGUUUAAGGAGUGCUUAUUUCUUCAGUAGUAAAGAUUAUUGAUGCUUAUUAAUUGUAGUUAACUAAAACUUAUGUUACUUAAAUUUCAACUUUUAUUUCAGUCAAUAUUAUUAAUAUAGGUUAGAACAGACUUGAUAAAAUUUAGAUAUUUAUUAAUAAGAUAGAAUUUAGUUCAUUUGUAUAAUUUUAAAUAGAUUAAAAUUAGUUUAUAAUUACAAAUCUAAUAAACUUGAAUAAUCAAUUUUCACAAUGUUCUUUAAUUAUUGAUAAAUCUCAUUUUAUUCGGUCCAAUCAUAAUAUAUAUUCAACUAUAAACUAAUUAAAUUAAAAAUAAUCUAAUAUUGGAUCUAUGAUCUUUAUUUAGAGUUGGACAAAUCACACUAAAAUUUUAUUAGACUCUUUGACUAUUUAAAAUAAUUAAUGCUCUAAUUGUGAACUAGGAGUAAUAUAUUUAGAUAUUAAAAAUGUGAGUUAAAUUAAAAUAAAUAAUAUCUUGUGUUAUUCAAACAAGAUAUCAAAAAAUGGAUGUAUUACUAUUAUGUCUAAUACAUCUUUAUAAAGUUCUAUUAUUAUUUAAAAUUCUUAAUUUAUCAACAAUUAUGGUAGUUAAGGGUCAGGUAUUAACUCAUAUAAUAUUUAUUUGAGAAUUGUAAAUUGCAUUUUUCUUUAUAAUUAUGCAUCAAUUAAGGGAGGGGCUAUUUUUUUUGAAUCAAAUUCAAAUUAAUUUUAAUUUUUUAAAACAAUUAUUAUGGAAAAUGAAGCUAAGGUUGGAGGUGGAAUUUAUUUGAAUGGAAGUAAUAAUUAUUUGAAUAGUUUCAAUUUAAAUAGAUCUAUAUUGUAGAUUAAUAAAGCCUAAGAAAAUUGUAAUAAUUUAAUUGAAAUACCAAAUCAUUUAGAAUUAGAAAUAAACAAUCAAGAAAUGAAUUUUUAUUAAAAUACUUAAGAUGGAAUAAUAACAAAUACUCUUAAACUAAGCCCCUACGAAACUAUUUAGCAAAGUUAAAAAAUUAAAACUACAUAUUUGAUGAUACCGAGUAAUUAAUAAAUAGGAAAAUAUGGUUUGUUCAAUUUGUAAAUAUUGGAUUAUUAGGUAUAAAUUAAUCAUAUUUUCCUCUCAUUUAGAAAUAGUAUGAAUGAAGUACUAACUAAUGUUCAUGAUUAAAUUUGUGAAUUAAGCUAAACUGUUAUAUCUUUAGAUGGAAAAUUAAAAAAAGAAGAGAAAAUUUUGUAAGUUCUAUCAAUUAAUAGUUAAAGCUAAAAGUUUGAUUUAGGAACUCAAAUUUUUCAAUUAGAUCCUUAUUCAGAUUAAAAUAUAUAACUAAAAAUAUAAAUAGAUUGUAUUUUAGAAUAAAAUAGUAAUAAAAGAUUAAGAUAUAUAAUUUAUGCAAAAAGUUAUUUAUGUUAAUUAGGAGAGUAUUAUGUUGAUAAAGGGUGUUAAUAAUGUUAAUCUAUUUAUGGAUAUUAUUCUGUUACUUAUAAUGCAACUAAAUGUUCAAUCUUUGAUAAUAAUAAAUUUAAAAAUAUCACAUCUAAUUAAAUUAAUUUAAAUCUUGGAUAUUGGAGACCAACUUAUUUAUCUGAUGCAACUGAAUUAUGUUUUAAAAAUAUAAUCUUUUGUAAUGGAGGUUGGCAAGUAGGUGAUAAUUUAUGUUUAUAAGGUCAUAUUGGAGGAUUAUGUGAAGAAUGUGAUAUAUAUAAUAUUAGAGGAUUUGGGGAAUAUACAAAAAGUUAUACAAAUAUGCAGUGUAACAUAUGUCCAAAGGAAUCUAUUAAUUAUCUACCAUUUAUAUUUGUAUUUUUAUUGUAAAAAUUCUCAUCUAUAUAUAUAGGUCUCUACUAUCAAUUUUAUUAUCAGUGAGAAGCAUUGAAUAAUCAAAUCAACUAUAUUCUUCAUUAAGUUUUAAAUAGAAAUUUAGAAAAAUACUAUUUAAACUUAAUUAAGGUAUUAAUUUAUUUAAAAUAUUAUAGAUCAUUAAAGUUUUUUAAUUAAGAUGUUACUCAAUUACUUAUGGAUUUUUUCACUUAUUUAUAGCUUCAAUAUUAAUUUUCCUUUUUCUAUUACAUUUUUUGAAUCAACAAGCAACUCUUCUUAUGUUUUAGCUAAUAGUUUAGAUUGCUAUUUAUCUUCUAAAUUAAAUACAGAUAUUGUAUAUUCUAGAAUAAUUACUAUGAUAAUUCUAAUUAUCUUAUAAUUAAUAUUAUUUACUCUUGCUUUUAAGCUUCAUUCAAUGUUAAAAAAGUCUAAUUUUCGAAUGAGUCUAAUAACUAACACAAUUCUAUAUUUAUACCUUUCAAAUAAUGCAACAUUAAUUAAACUGUAUAUUAUAAUUUAAAAGGUAGGUUCUGUUCAUUAUUAGCUGNGAAUAUACAAAAAGUUAUACAAAUAUGCAGUGUAACAUAUGUCCAAAGGAAUCUAUUAAUUAUCUACCAUUUAUAUUUGUAUUUUUAUUGUAAAAAUUCUCAUCUAUAUAUAUAGGUCUCUACUAUCAAUUUUAUUAUCAGUGAGAAGCAUUGAAUAAUCAAAUCAACUAUAUUCUUCAUUAAGUUUUAAAUAGAAAUUUAGAAAAAUACUAUUUAAACUUAAUUAAGGUAUUAAUUUAUUUAAAAUAUUAUAGAUCAUUAAAGUUUUUUAAUUAAGAUGUUACUCAAUUACUUAUGGAUUUUUUCACUUAUUUAUAGCUUCAAUAUUAAUUUUCCUUUUUCUAUUACAUUUUUUGAAUCAACAAGCAACUCUUCUUAUGUUUUAGCUAAUAGUUUAGAUUGCUAUUUAUCUUCUAAAUUAAAUACAGAUAUUGUAUAUUCUAGAAUAAUUACUAUGAUAAUUCUAAUUAUCUUAUAAUUAAUAUUAUUUACUCUUGCUUUUAAGCUUCAUUCAAUGUUAAAAAAGUCUAAUUUUCGAAUGAGUCUAAUAACUAACACAAUUCUAUAUUUAUACCUUUCAAAUAAUGCAACAUUAAUUAAACUGUAUAUUAUAAUUUAAAAGGUAGGUUCUGUUCAUUAUUAGCUGUGAGGAGAAUAUCUGACAUUGACUUUGUUUAAGGAAAUGUAUCAUUAUUAUUCAAUACUUAAACUCAUUUUCGAUGGAUAUUUGGAUUUAUACUUCCAGGUUUAAUUUUGGUUGGUGUUGUAAUCCCAGUAUUUUUGUUUAUACUAAUAUAUUUUAAAAGGGAUUUAAUAGAAAAAGUAAAAUUUAGAAGGCACAUUUGUUAUUUGUUUAAUGAAUAUAACCAAAAUUCCUAUUUUUGGGAAUAAAUUAAGAUUUGGAAAAAAACACUAAUUAUUUUGAUUAUGAUAUAUUUUGAAACUAAUAUACUAUUAAAAGCCUCAUUAUUAGGAUUAUGCUUAUUAUUAUAUUAAACUUUGGCUUUGAAAUAUAAACCAUUUAUCUUAAAUAGCUUAAAUAAUUUGGACAUCUCUACAUGCUAAAUAUGUUCAAUAUCAAUAUUUUUAGCUUCAGUCUAAUAUGUGAGUGAUUAACAAAACCAUAUCAUUUCGAUUAUUUUGUAAGUAAAUUUACUUCUAUUAUGGAUUAAACUUUGUUAACCUUUUAUUGUAAAGAUUUUUAGCAUUUAUUAUAAAAGAUAUAGAAUAGAAUUUUUAAUUUAAAUUCAAAAUUGUAUUAAGAAAAUAAAAUCAAAUUUUUGUUUAGUUUAUAUAUUGAAUAAACAAAUUCAGAAAAUGAAAACGAAGGAGAAACAAAUAUAAACAAAUUAUGGAAAAUUAAAGUUGUAUUUGAUCUGCUUUUCUAAAAUGUCACUCGAAUAACAAAGGUAUUUAUGAAACUAUCUUUAGAAAUAUGAAUUCAUAAUUAAUUCCUUUUUAAACAUUAAGAAGUAGAUUAUCUUUUUAAGAAAACGAUACAAAAUAGUUUUUUAAUUGA